AUGGUUGCUCGUCGUUCUUCAACUCGGCUGGAAACUGCUGCUUCUACAAGUCAAGCUGCUGCCACAUCCAAAGCUACUACUACUAUCACUGCAGUAACACCCAAAGCCACUACUAGCACCAUCACUACAGGAACACAUAAGCGUAACCAUGUAUCUGAUUCAGAUGGGGAUUUAACCGAUGAGGCUAUAACUGUCUCCAAGCCCCCUGCAAAGCGCACAAGAAAAAGCGUUAGGAUUGAAAUUGAGGUUAACGACGAAGCUAAAGCCGCGAGCUCAUCAACAUCCACGGCCGCCAAUUCAUACGCCAAUUCUCUUGACGAGGAAGACGUAGAUACACCUCCUACUGCUCCAAGCUCUAGGAGCAGCACCAUUUCCUCUAGACCCCCGAAGGGAAAGGGGAAAGAGGUAGUAGUUUCUGUUGCCACUAGAAGAACCAGAUAUUCUGCUACUAGUCUUGAGGUUGCAGAUUCUCAAGACGAAAAUGAAGACACAGCGGAUGAUGAAGCAGCCAAGGAUAGCCUGGAAGAGAGUGAGCUCUCUGAGCCCGAAGACGAUGAAGAUGAUAGCCUAGAUGAGGAUUUCGACGAACCCGCUCCAGUUAGAGGUAAAGGCAAAAGUAAAGCCAAAGGAAAAGCAAAAGUUAAAGGUAAAGCUAAGGCCAAACCUUCAGCCAAACCAAUCCGCUCCUCUGGAAACAGAGCGGGGGGCGGGGGGAGGGCCCCAAUUGAUAUAUCUUCGGACAUCGAACCGCCAGCAGUUCUGACGGAGGUUCCAGACAUCACAGAAGAUGAAGCAAGUGACAUGACAGACUCUAGCUUCUCUGGUAGCGACCUUUCAGAAAUCGAGACAGCUGGUGAAGAUUCCGAUGAAGAAGGGACAAGCUUGUGGGUUGACCGCAGGAUUGCUUAUGACGGUGAUAUGCCUCGUUUGGAAGUUUCAACAACACACCGCCGAAUAAAUCGAGCCCCUAGAGCUCCUAGAAGAAGACCAGGAUUCCCUGGUAGAUCUAGGGAUGAAACUAUCCGCCAGCAGCUUCUACAUCGGCAUCCAGAGCUUGCGACUGUUUGGGAUGAGCUUGACCAGCGUCCCAAGAUUCCUGUUGAGAAAGCCACACAGCCUGACGGUUUAUCAUUGACUAUGUUGCCCUUCCAGUUGGAGGGUCUUAAUUGGCUUCGCGCCCAAGAACAAACUAUCUUCAGGGGCGGCAUUCUUGCUGAUGAAAUGGGCAUGGGUAAGACAAUUCAGACAAUUGGUUUACUCAUGUCCGAGCCUCGUGCAAAGCCGAACUUGGUUAUAGCCCCAACAGUUGCACUAGUUCAGUGGGAAAACGAGAUCAAGAAACACACUAAUAACGCGUUGAGCGUGAUCUCCUACCAUGGUGCGAACAGGGAGGAGGACCCCGAGGUAUUGGCCCAGGCCGAUGUGAUCAUGACUACCUAUAGUGUUCUGGAAAGCAUAUAUAGGAAGCAGACGACCGGUUUCAAGAGGAAGGAUGGAAUCUACAAACAGGAUAGCCCCAUACACAUGUUAAAAUUUAACAGGGUGAUUCUCGACGAAGCGCACAAUAUCAAGGAUCGAUCGAGCAAAUCUGCGAAGGCGGCGUUUGCGCUGCAGACAAAAUACAAGCUUUGUCUUUCUGGAACACCGCUCCAGAACCGCAUUGGGGAGCUUUUCUCUCUUCUCCGCUUUCUUGAAGCAGAUCCAUUCAGUUUCUACUAUUGCCGCAACUGCCCUUGCAAGUCGCUGAACUGGAAAUUUAAGGCUAAUCGUGGUUGCGAUGACUGUGGGCAUAGUCCAAUGCACCAUCUUUGUCUUUUCAACCACGAGUUGCUCAAGCCUAUCCAGAAUCACGGGAAUGAGGGACCUGGCAAGGCUGCUUUCGGGAAGUUGCAGAUUUUGCUGAAGCACAUCAUGCUCCGACGUACUAAGGAGGAGCGCGCUGAUGAUCUUGGGCUACCACCAAAAAUCGUGAAGGUCAGAAGGGAUUACUUCAAUGAGGAGGAACUUGAUGUUUAUGAUUCGAUAUACGGUGAUUCAAAGAGGAAGUUCAACACAUACGUUGCGCAUGGUGUCGUCUUGAACAAUUAUGCGAAUAUCUUUACUCUCAUCACUCGUAUGCGCCAACUUGCGGACCAUCCGGAUCUUGUCCUUAAGAAGGAAGCUCUUGACGGCCAGAACACUCUGGUUUGUUCUCUCUGCGACGAUGAAGCCGAGGACGCCAUCAAGAGUAAAUGUCAUCACACAUUCUGCCGAAUGUGUGUACAGGAGUAUAUUUCUGGUUUUGAUGGCGAGUCCAAUCCGGACUGCCCUAAGUGUCAUAUCACGCUGAAUAUCGACCUUACUGCACCUGCCAUUGAGGUUGACGAGGGCACAAUUGUCAAAAAGAACUCUAUCAUCAAUCGUAUCGACAUGAGCCAGUGGCAUAGUUCGACCAAGAUCGAGGCUCUCGUUGAAGAGCUUUAUAAGCUUAGAAGCCAAAAUCAUACGAUAAAAUCGAUCGUAUUCUCCCAGUUUACAUCCAUGCUACAAUUGGUAGAAUGGAGGCUGCGUAAGGCCGGUUUCCAGACUGCGAUGCUGGAAGGUAGCAUGACACCCAGUCAGCGCAAUGCAACCAUUCAGCACUUCAUGGAGAAUGUGGAAACCACAGUCUUCCUCGUUUCUCUCAAAGCUGGAGGUGUUGCGCUAAAUCUCAUUGAGGCGUCCCAGGUGUUCAUCAUGGACCCGUGGUGGAAUCCGUCGGUGGAGUGGCAGGCUGCUGACAGAAUUCAUCGUAUUGGCCAAACAAGAGCCUGCAAGGUCACUAGGCUGAUCAUCGAGGACAGUAUUGAGUCCCGUAUCCUAGACUUACAGGAGAAGAAGGCGAGGAUGAUCCAUGCCACUGUGGGCGGUGAUCAGGGCGCGAUGGAUAAGUUGACGCCUGCUGAUAUGCAGUUUUUGUUCCAAAACUAG